AUGGCGACCUAUAUCGUGACUGGAAGCUCCCGCGGACUGGGACUGGCAAUGAUCAAAAAACUGGCAUCGCGGGAUCCCACAGAUGUCAGCCUUGUCAUCGCUGCUACUCGGAAAUCUAGCACCGCGUUAGAUGAGAUCGUCGCCCGAGAAUCUGGUCGUGUGGUUUUCAUUCCGCUAGAUGUGUCCAAUGAGGCCGAUAUCUCCAGUUGCGUCGAAAUGGCGGGAUCAGUCGUGGGCCAGAAGGGAGUUGACGUCCUGAUCAACUGCGCCGGUGUUCAUUCGUGGGUGGAUGGGAAGACUGCGAAUAUGUCUGAUCUCGACCACCAACUUUCCGUGAACGUGGUUGGAACACAUAAUGUGACGCGCGCCUUUCUACCUCUGUUGAGAAUGGGCAAGUCCAAGAAAAUUGCUAAUAUAUCGACGGCUUUUGCUUCCAUGACCCGCGCAGAAAUGUCUAGCCAUGCCAACUGCCCGGCUUACAAGAUUAGCAAGGCCGCUCUCAACGCACUCACCGUUCAAUACGCCAUGUCGUAUAAGGACGAGGGAUUUAUCUUCCUGGCAGUUAGUCCCGGGUGGCUGAAAACUGAUAUGGGUGGCGAUGAUGCUCACCUCACCGCGGAAGAAGGAGCACAAGCGGUUCUGAAUGUAGUCGACAAGGCGAAUACCGAUUCGAACGGGUCCUUUAAGAACAUUCAUGCUCCUGGCUGGGACAUGUAUGAUGGAAAGGAUGUUCCCUGGUAA